CAAAAGAAAGAAUAAGUACCAGAAUCGACACAACCCUCGGGUCGAAGAACCCAACUCAACUCACAAUGGCUCGGCCGUACCAAUUCCAGUAUGCACAGCUUCCUGUGUUUCAAUGGAGAACUUUUGACAGAAAUACCCUCACAUUUUCUUCCCAUCCCAUUGUGCCGCCCGAACGAAUAUACCCUUUUCCCCCAUUUGCUGACGACCCUCUAAAGAGUUUCGAGUCCCAGCCAGGAUCGCCAGCAUUAAACGAAAAGGCGGUACCAGAAUCGUUGAACCCGCCACCAGAAGAUCUUGAAGGCAAGCCAGCACUCCAUAAAGGUAUUUUGACACAUACUAAUUGUCAAGAAGAAAUAAUACUAUUGGAAGACGACAACGGUGCUUCCGACGACAGUGCAGAAACAAGUUCGACAGCGAACGCGGUCUUAGAUGACCCAUUGGAUUCUGAAGAAGCUCCCAAGGACGAAGGUAUGUCGGGGUCUGGAAAUACUCAGGCACAAUCUUCUAACCGGAUCUUGGACGGAGCAGAAGCUCCUCCACCAGAUUCAAGUGAGGCUUCACAGGAAGAAGCGAAUACCGCUAUGGAAGCGCAAGACACGCCUCCUGAAGCUGCGGAAACAAGCCCGGCAGAAACGCCAAAGGAAGCUGAGAUUGAAGCCGCCGCCGAUGUUGGUAACACAGAAGAUGAAACCAAGGAGACAACAACCGAUGACGACAAGCCAUCAGAGCCAGAAAGUGUGGUUGAAAUAGUAGAAAAAAUGCAAGAAGCAGACGCCCCUCCAGAGCAAAUAGCUGAGGUGCUUGAACAAGCCAUGUCUGACGUCGGUGCCGGGCCCGAGGCCCCGGACACAAUUAUUAUUGAUGCGGAUCCGCCUACAGUUGAAUCCGAAGAGACUCCAGCGGCGACGCCGGAGAACCAUGAAGACUCACCAGAACCAGCUGCUGCAGCCAUUGUAGGAGCUGCUGGCGCUGCUGUAGGCGCUGCUAGCCGGGUCCACAGGCGGCGGCGUCAUACUCGACGUGAAUCGAAUGGCCUUGAUCUGCACGGUCACAGGGCGAAACUAGAGAGAACGAAAGACGAAGCCGGGCUCUUUGACAGCGCUCUUGCUAGACAGAUUUCCAAGGCCAAGGAAGAAGAGAUUGCGCGUCACGGAUCGGAAGAAUACAAGGAAAAAUUAAGAGAGAAACGGGAAAGGAAUGAUGCACGCCGGGAGGCCGAACAGGCCGCACGGGCACAGCAGGAGGCUGAAGAGGCAGCAGCGAAAGAAGAGAAAAGACGGAAGCGCCACGAAGAAAGGGAAAGACAAAGAAGAGUCUCCGAUGAAAUUAAUGCUAGAGCCGAGGCGGAACGCGCUCGGAGGCGCCAAGAGAGAGAGGAAAGAAGGGCAAGAGAAGGGGAAGAAGCAGCUGCGGGAGCCGAGGAGGGAGGCGAGUCGAGAAGAACUCGACGACCUAGCCAUGGAGAUUCUAACAGUGGUGGGAGCAACUCCGGAUCUGGUGGUAUCCCUGGGCUUUUGAGAAGGUUGGGAACUGGGGAGAGCGACACUAAGGCUUUGUUAUUUCUCCGAGUCAAUGACCCAGAACCACCAAGGAGAAGUCAUCGCGAACAUCGUCAUCGGAGCCAUGAAUCAGAUCACGACAGGAACAGCGCUGGCGAAGAAAGCUCUCGUCGACAUAGACACUCGAGUGACCGGCCACGUAUGGACAGACACUCCAGCUCACGAAGCCAAAGGUAUUACGAGGAACCGAGGAUGGGGAUCAUCGAGAAGGUGGUCAACACGAUUGCCGGAAGAGCAUGA